GGGGGGGGGGGGGGUGCUGCGCCUGCAGCCAGCGUGACCCCCAAGACAAAGUCGAACAACUUGCUCAUCGGUUCGGUGCUGGUGGGAGCGGCGGCCGCCUCGUACUACGUGACCAUUCACAAGAUGAAGGACCAGGACUUCCUUGGCGACGCAGAAAAGGAGGCCGAGGAGGAGGCGCAGGUUAACCUCCACAAGAGCGGACUUAAGGUCUCCUCCAAGGUGGUGCCGGAGAAGGUGGAGAAGGUUUUCAACAGGGCCGCGAACGCGGUAUCGAAGUCCACCGACAAGGCUGAGGACAAGGCGGAUGAGGUGUCGGAAGGCAUGCAAGACGCUGCGAGCGAGGUGUCGAGCAAGGCCUCGGACGCCGCGAAGGAGAUCAAAGACGAGGCAAAGAGCGCUGCGGCGGCGGUAAAGGAUGCAGUAACGGGAGAAGAAGAAGUCCCCAAGAAAAAGGGCUGGAGGAAGUACAUCAUCUUCGGCCCACGUAGGGAGGGAUGAGAAGAGGGAAAAAAAUUAUCAAGGCGACCACGACAACAUGAAAGAGCACGUUUUUUUUUCAUGUGUUGUUCAUGUGGGGCGCGGGGAUUCUGGUGCGAGAAGGAACUGACACUCGGUACUGGUGCGUUGUUGCCUUCUCUUUUUUUGUGUUUAAUUGCCGGCUGACUUGUGCCGGCGAAACCAAUCAAUGCUACGCGGGUUGGCUCGAGGAAAUGGUCUAGUUUACCGUCCCCGUUGUUCGUUGAUUUUUUUUUUUCCUUUUUCGGUUCGGAGCUCUUUUUGUUGUUGAUUUGUUUGUCGUCUGUGUUAGCUUAUCCCGGGUGAACAAGAAGAAAAAGCUUGAUUGCGCUUUCGCUCGCUGCCUGCGCACGCGGGGGUAUCUGUAUCCCCAACUGGCAAGCACCUGUUAAUUGGUGACGAGCUAUAUUUAGCACCGAAGCUGGCUAGGUAGGAGACAAGUCCAACACGGUGCGUGUGUGUCACGCCCCUUUACCUCAUUGCCCCCCCGUUUUGUCGCCCCCGUCCCCCCCCAGUUUCCCGUAAAAGUCAGCGCGUUUGCUUUGUGGGGAGUUUUCGAGGGGUUUUGCUGUGACGAUAGAGAGGAGGUUUGGUUGCGCACCAAUUUUCAGAGCAUGUGUGUACCACGUUUCAAGCAAGAUACAAGGAAUGUUGCAACCAUCUCGAACAAGAUGGGGGGGGCGGCAGCGUUUGUUUGAGAUUCUUUCGCCGCUUGUUGUUCCAAGCGCGCUUGCAGCCUCCACCCGUCGUUCGGAUCGAUCGCUUUUGAAAACCCCCAUAUAGAUUUCGGUUCCAUCGUCGUUUUGGUACGAAAGGAAACCGUCUCGUGCACUUCGAAGCGUUGCACGUACAGAUAUGUGAGGGUCUGCGUAGAACAGGGGCAGAGUAGGUGGGGUCCGGUGGCAGCAUGCCCUGUUCCUGUUUCGUGUAGUGUCGUGUUUUAACGUUCUUGACGCGAAACAAAGCGGACAGCAUGGAAGAAACGACUCUUGAAAUUUGGAAACGUGCAGACUUUUCUACAUCGUGCGGAAUGUUCGGCGAGUUUGUAAAUGAAAACCUCUCAUCUUCAAGUGAGAUAAUUUUCCCCGAAAUAAAGUAUUGUUGUCUUCCAUAAAAGUAUUGUCCCCUGAUAUACUGGUUUCCACCAAAAAUGAUCCUAGGAAGUUCCAUUCCCAACUCUGUCGGGAAGUUCGAUCGGGCAUUUGUUUUGUGCACCUGCCGCCUUAGCGAAGAAAAUCUACAUGUAGGUAGGUUCUCCCAGCCGACACAAAACCGUCAUGUUGGCUUGCCCGGUGGGGCUGGGCGAAACAUGCGCACAACCACCCAGAAUCAACUUUAACGUGGCCAGCGGCGAACUUUCUCCCUCGCAAUAUAACACGCUAUGUAGCCCCGCCGGUGA